AUGACAACCAACCCCCGCCCCUCCCCACCCACCACCCAAACCGACCUCGAAACCGACCUGCUAACGCACCUCCUCACCACCCCGGCCCUCGACGACCUCCACAGCACGCUCCUCGCCGCCCUUCAACGCACGGGGUGGACCGAGAAGAUCCGGCGCCUAGCCCAGGAGCUGCUCCGCGGGGGACGGUGCGAGCGGUUCGACGAGGUCAUCGAAGCGGUGGUCGCCUCCGCCGAGGGGCGACGCCAUCCGUCCCUCCUUGCCGCGACCAGCAAGAACAACGGUGCAACCAUUAAAGACGAAGAUGACGACGGCGACGACGCCCACGCGAACGGGAAGAAGAGCAGCAGCAACAACAACGGCGGCAAUGCAAACAACGGCGGCAAUGCAAACAACGCCGCGUAUUUCGAGACGGUGGAUGUUCGGAUCCCCUCGGCGGUCGUCGAGCAGGGCGUGCGCGCAAUCAAGGAGGUUCUGCGCGAGGUGGUGGUGCUCGAGGGGGAUGGGGAUGGGGUCGGGGAUUCUUCUUCGUCUGCGGCGGCCGGGGAUGGUGGGGAUAAGGACAAGGAACACACCACCACCACGACCACGAAAACGCCAGGGCAGAAGGAUCGCGUGAAGGGGGUGAAGUAUGGGGAGAGUAAUGGGUCCGGGGCCAGUGGGAGUCCCGUUAAGAAAGGGGAGAAGAAGAUGAAGCUUAAGCAGGGGAAAUGA